UCUGUGGUAACAGGAAGUACUCCCUGCGCUGCUUAGCUAGCUAUUAGCGCUAAUCCUCAGAUUAGCACUGAGCUGCUGUAAUGGGAUGAGCAGCGGGGGGGGGGCGUUGCUCUCAUUCUUGUGCAGUCGCUCAUGGAGACCACUGCCGCCGUCGUCUCUAUACUCUAAACUGAAUACUGAAGUGAUGGCCGACCCCUCUGCCCCCCCCACAGUAUGGAGCUGCAGCUUGGCAUUAUGGGAGUGAAAACAGAAGUUCUGGCGACGCUCCGACUACAGCUGUGAACCGUCUGAUCUGCUGAGAAACAGGAAACACUUUUUCUUCUCUGAUUGCUUUUCCCUGUGAGUCUCAGAGAGUCUCUCCAGGCGUCACCAUGCCGUUCAUGCCGGUGAAGUUCAACUUGCAGAAGCGGGUAAAGCUAGCUCAGGGUCUGUGGAUGAUCUACUGGCUCUCCGUCAUCGUGGGGAUCCUCAUCUUCAGCCUCGGCAUCUUCUUUAAGGUGGAGCUGCGUAAGAGGAGCGAGAUGAUGGACAACAACGAGAGCCACCUUGUGCCCAACCUGCUUAUCCUGGUGGGGCUGUUGGCCGGUGGCGUCAGCGCUUUCGGGGGGAAAGUGUGCCACGACUCGCUGGACCCCGUCAAGUUCGCCAAGUGGAAGCCAAUGCUCAAGCCGUACCUGCUGCUGUGCUGCGGCUUCAACGUGCUGAUGCUGCUCACAGCGCUGCUUUGCUUCCUCAUGCAGUUCGCCGUCUACCUGACGCUGGCCGAGGGUCUGAAGAACAGCAUCAAGUUCUACAAGGACACGGACACGCCGGGACGAUGCUUCAUGAAGAGGACGCUGGACAUGACGCAGAUCGAGUUCCGAUGCUGCGGCAACAACAACUUCAGGGACUGGUUCGAGGUGCAGUGGAUCAGCAACCGGUACCUGGACAUGAGCAACGAACUGGUCAAAGACCGGGUCCUCAGUAACGUAGAGGGGAAGUACUUAAUGGACAGCGUCCCGUUCAGCUGCUGUAACCCCGGCUCCCCGCGGCCCUGCAUCCAGCACCACCUGACCAACAACACGGCGCACUACGACUACGACCACCGCAUCGAGGAGCUGAACAUCUGGACCCGGGGCUGCAGGGAGGCCCUGUUCUCUUACUUCAGCAGCAUGAUGAACAGCAUUGGAGUCCUCAUCAUCUUCACCAUCAUGUUGGAGUCCCUGGACAUGGCGGGUCUGAAGUACCUGGCGACGGCCCUGGAGACGAUGGAGGACCCGGAGAACCCGGAGUGUGAGAGCGAGGGCUUCUUGCUGGAGAAAGGGGUGAAGGAGACGUUCGCUGACCUGCUUGUUAAGAUGAAGAUGCUGCAGGGGGGCAACCAGGUGGAGGGGGGGGAGGCAGCCGAGGCCACCUGAGCCCCCUCCGACCUGAACCCCCCUGGACCAAGGACUGAGGUCUCCCUCUCCGACUCUCCCCCUAUAACAGGAAGCGAGAAAGGAGAGGGCACCUGAACACAUCAUCUUCAUCAUCUUCAUAUUCACCCUCAUCAUCUUCAUCUUUACCCUCAUCAUCUUCACCCUCAUCAUCCUCACCCUCCUCACCAUACACUUACAGAAACUUCCCCUGUUCAUCAGCCCCCACCCCCCCAGCUUGUUAUGCAUCUGUGACGGUAACUCUAUCACCUGUCUGUGAAACACCAGAGUAAUGAGGGAGGGGGGGCUGAUAUUCACAGGGUAAUCAAAGGUGCGCACAAACACACACACACACACACACACACACACACACACACACACACACACACACACACACACACACACACACACACACACACACACACACACAC